CUCUCAGGAGCGGGCUGUGGUGAGCGAUGAGAGGUCUGGUGCGCUGCAGCGACUGUGAGACCAGGAGGAAAUAUUAGUUGACAGGCCGCCCUCCUCCCCGGGGGACACGAACACACUCCAUCACCCUCCUCAACCGGGCAACUGGAGGCUGCGCGUACGGUGCCUCGUUUCCACAACUCACCUGCCCUCACUGUCUCCUGGAGAUCCACCUUAAACCCGCAUCACUCUGACCAACUCGGGGCAAAACUUUGGCCUCAGGAUUAUUUAGCAAUUGGCUGUGAAUGUUCAGAUUCCAUGCGGGGAGCGCACUGAGCAUAGUGCGUUCGGCUGCAGGUACUGGAAACGCAGCUUCGGCACGAGAUUGUUAAAAGUCCUGCAAAGUCUGCCAAAGUCCAGGGGCCACCGCUGCAAAGAUGCCUGUCCGGAGGGGCCAUGUGGCUCCUCAGAACACCUUCCUGGACACUAUCAUCAGGAAAUUCGACAGUCAAAGUCGCAAGUUUGUUAUCGCCAAUGCAAGGGUGGAGAACUGCGCCAUCAUCUUCUGCAAUGAUGGAUUCUGCCACAUGUGUGGUUACUCACGUGCCGAGAUCAUGCAGAAACCCUGCACAUGUAACUUCUUGUAUGGACCUGACACCAAGCGGCUAGCCAUUGCACAGAUGGCGCAAGCCCUGCUGGGAUCGGAAGAAAGGAAAGUGGAGAUCGAUCUCUAUCGCAAAGAUGGUCAGUGCAUCCUGUGUAUGGUGGAUGUGGUCCCAGUCAAGAAUGAGGAUGGCGUGGUGAUCAUGUUCAUCCUUAACUUCGAGGUCAUGACAGAAGAAACGCUCCACAACAGCAAACAGGAUCUUAACCACCGCCUGCCCACCUGGCUCGUCACUGGUCGUCCACGAGGCUUCAAAUUGCGUCUCCCCCUGCUACGCUCUUUGUCCAACAGUAAAGUGUCUCUGGACGACGCAGAGGCUGGUCAGAUCCCCACUGCGACGCCCCUGCCUCUCCACCCGGACCACCACUGUCCCGAAUCCCUGGGCUUGGGGGAAUUCCUACCCCUUCCCCCUUUACCACCAGACCAUCAGGAUCAAAUCAGUGGAAACAGGUCAGCUCUACAGGGUUGGCCAGAGGACCGCCAGGAGGACCAGCGCACCCUAUUGGGCUCUGAGCCUCCUGUAUCCCCUCACGGAGGCAAACUGGUGGGCCCACUCACCCAGUCAUCACCCUGCGUAGCCCCACAUCACCGGCUCAGCCUCAACCCGGACGCCUCGGGUUCCAACUGUUCUUUAUCACACAGCCGCUCACGGGAAAGCUUCCACAGCAUGCGGCGUGCCUCCUCCGUGGACGAGAUUGAAGCAAUGAGGCCAGACUGGGACAGAAAGAACCGGAGAACGAGCAUCCGGCCAGGAAGCACUGGUGCCGUAAACAGUAAAUCCAACAUACUGAACUCUACGUCGGACUCAGAUCUCAUGCGUUACCGCACCAUCUCAAAAAUCCCUCAGAUCACUCUCAACUUUGUGGAUUUCAAACCUGACCCUCUCAUCGCCCUGCCCACUGGGGACAUGGACAUCAUAGCUCCAUGUAAACUUAUCGAUCGGACACACAAUGUCACAGAAAAAGUCACACAGGUGCUGUCUCUGGGUGCAGAUGUGUUGCCGGAGUACAAGCUGCAGGCUCCUCGUAUCCACAAGUGGACAGUGUUGCACUACAGCCCUUUCAAGGCAGUAUGGGACUGGCUCAUCCUGCUGCUGGUCAUCUACACCGCCAUCCUGACGCCCUACUCAGCCGCUUUCCUCCUCAAUGACCAGGAAGAGGUAGCCAUGCAGAGUUGUGGUUACUCAUGCUCUCCUCUCAAUGUGGUGGACCUCAUCGUGGACAUAAUGUUUAUUAUUGACAUCCUCAUCAACUUCAGGACUACAUAUGUGAACUCUAAUGAUGAGGUGGUGAGCCACCCAGUGCGUAUCGCCGUCCACUACUUCAAAGGCUGGUUCCUCAUCGACAUGGUGGCUGCCAUCCCCUUUGACCUGCUCAUCUACCGCAACGGAGAGGAGACCACCACUUUGAUCGGCCUGCUGAAAACUGCUCGCCUCCUGCGACUGGUCCGCGUAGCCAGGAAGCUGGAUCGGUAUUCGGAGUAUGGAGCAGCAGUCCUCUUCCUCCUCAUGUGCACCUUCGCCCUCAUCGCUCACUGGCUCGCUUGCAUCUGGUAUGCCAUUGGAAGUGUGGAGAGGAAUGGCUCCAUUGGCUGGCUCCAUACACUGGGGGACCAGUUAGGAAAACACUACAAUGACUCCAUCCCAGGUUCAGGCCCUUCCAUCAAAGACAAGUAUGUCACAGCUUUGUACUUCACCUUCAGCAGUCUCACCAGUGUGGGAUUUGGAAAUGUAUCUCCAAACACCAACUCUGAGAAGAUCUUCUCCAUCUGUGUCAUGCUCAUAGGAUCCCUGAUGUAUGCCAGUAUCUUUGGGAAUGUAUCAGCCAUCAUCCAGCGUCUGUACUCGGGUACAGCCCGCUACCACACCCAGAUGCUGCGAGUCAGGGAGUUCAUCCGGUUUCACCAGAUCCCCAACCCUCUCAGACAGAGGCUGGAAGAGUAUUUCCAACACGCCUGGUCCUACACUAACGGCAUCGAUAUGAACGCUGUGCUGAAAGGUUUCCCAGAGUGUCUGCAGGCAGAUAUCUGCCUCCAUCUGAACCGGACUCUGCUGCAGAACUGUAAAGCUUUUAAAGGCUCGACCAAGGGCUGCCUCAGGGCAUUGGCCAUGAAGUUUAAGACCACCCACGCACCACCAGGGGACACACUGGUCCACGCCGGGGACGUCCUCACUGCCCUUUACUUCAUAUCUAGGGGUUCCAUAGAGAUACUGAGAGGAGAUGUAGUGGUAGCAAUCCUAGGAAAAAAUGACAUCUUUGGUGAGCCAAUCAACCUCUACGCACGAUCAGGUAAAUCCAACGCUGAUGUGAGGGCUCUAACCUACUGUGACCUUCACAAAAUCUUAAGAGAAGAUGUUUUGGAGGUGCUGGACAUGUAUCCAGAGUUUGCAGACAACUUCUGGAACAACCUGGAAAUAACCUUCAACCUCCGAGAUACUAACAUGAUCCCAGGCUCUCCUAGUAGUGAUGAGUCCAAGUGUGGGGGUUUCAACAAAUUACGCAGACGCAAGUUAUCGUUCCGAAGACGUACAGAAAAAGAUGAUGCUGAUGCUGGGGAGAUUAAAAAAUCCCAUAAAACGGUCCGACGAAGACACAGGGAAGCAGCCAACAACCAAAAACAAGAGGAAACACCUAAGAGGCAGUGGGAGGCUCAUCGCAGCUCAGUGUCUUCUCAUUCCAGUGGCGAUGAGGGAGAGGAGUCAGUUGUGACCAGCCUAGCUCCUCCACCUGCAAUGCUGGAGAAUCCACAUGCUCAGGCCAAGCCCAUGAAUUUCAAAGAGAACACUGAGGGUGAUGGAAACCCUAAGACAGGGAACACCUGCAAUGCCCUAUCAGGAGCGUUCUCAGGGGUGUCCAACAUUUUUAGUUUCUGGGGGGAGAGUCGGGGAGGUGGUCAGUACCAGGAGGUUCCCAGUUGCAGCCUAGUGUCCCCUCCUCCUCUCAACACUCCACUGCACAGCCUGAGCCGUCAGCAACGUAACCAGCUGGACACACGCCUGGACCUGCUGCAGAAACAGCUCAACAGGUUGGAGACCCGCAUGUCAACAGACAUUGGAGCGAUCAUGCAGCUGCUUCAGAGACAGAUGGCUCUGGUUCCUCCUGCCUACAGUGCAGUCUCAUCACCACCUCAGGCUUCCCCUUACCCUGGUCCAGGUCCAGGACCAGGUCUAGGAGAGAGACUGGUUCAGCCUGUUACACCUCUGGAGACAGAUACUUUGGCCUCACUAUCACAGAUCUUGAGCUCCCAGGACUUUGAAGAGUUUCCAGCCAAGCCUCUGGACUCCCUGCAGCCCCAGGACUGCCCACUGAUCAGCACCAGCCAGGGCCACCUCACCCCCUCUGGACUGGACAGCCUGGGGCAGCAUCUGGAGCUGGAGAUGGGACUGGAAAGUGGUGCCGCCAUUGGGGUCAUUUCAGGGCCGACAGCUACAGGUUCAGGUUUAGGGCUAGAAUUAGGGGGCGGGGUAGCUGUGGGGUCCAGCUUAGGGGCAGGGUUAGACUUCAGUUCGGGGGUGUGUAUGGGAGCCGGGGCCGGAGGAUCUCCUCUGGAUCAGGAAACCCAAAGGAGGCUGUCCCUCCAGGAACCACAGUCACCUCUGGACUCACGGACACCACAGAAACACAGCUCUGACCCAGGGGGGAGCUAAGGCAGAGGGGAAGGGGGGAGGAGAGUGGAAGGGAGGGAUAAAAUGAAGAGAGGGAGAUGUUUUAUGCUGCAGCCCCCUCUGUUUCCGCGACUCCUUGUGGCCCUUUCGACAUCAGGAGGCACCUACUGUAUCUACACCUGCACCCUUUAGGGCACCCUGUUAUCUUCACUGCUCAGAUUUAACCUCAAGUAACAAACCCAAUCCUCUGAAAGAGGAAAACCAGACGAGGUGGGGUAAAGGAAAAAGGUUCUCUCUCUUCCCCCAUCUCCGUAGGAGCCGUUUGAACUCCACAAUCUUUAACCAAAACCGCAAACCAAGCAGAGAGGAGCUCUGCAAAUUACUGUAUGAAGACAGUCCAGGUCAAGCCAGACCUAUGUGGUCAGGAGUUCUCAGAAGGUGACACCCCUUCAAACACACACAGAAUACAACUGCUGUCUUGUAGAAGAAUCCCUUUACUGCUGUAUCCAGUGUUUGGAUGACUGAUAAGAUUAAGCAAAGACAACAACGGACAGAAUAACGAUGAAACAAGUAGCCAUUUAUGUCUUGCACUGAAAUCCUAUUGAUAUACUAUUGAUUAUUCUAUUCUCUAUCUCCGUGGCGCUUCCGACAAACUCAAACUGGUUGGUGAAGUGUAGUGUUAGCUGGCCUAACAGGAAAACCUGCUGUCCCCUUCUAUCAUUGGUUCCUUCCCCAUGAAGUCCUGCCCCAAGAGGUGGAGCUAAUAUACCACCACCCCCCUCUCUCUUCCCAAGAGCACACUGGAUUGGCUGGUUUGCACCUCAGGGGUGGGAACUGGAGGGUUAAAAGCCAUGAAUUUUUGUCAACGAACAUAUCAGCUGCCCUAUUAUCAUUAACAUUGUACAGACUUUCUGGUGAGUGAAGACUACACGGCAUGCUUAGGCAGUGUCACUGACAGGUAAACUGGCAAACUUCACCAAAAACACAGCAAAAGGAAUAUUUAAGCAAGCAGGAAAUCCCAGCUUUUCAAUUUUGGAGCUACACAUAUGACCUUUAAGAGAUGAAGUGAUGAAGUGAUACUUGCCUGCUUUGUUUUUUCUAGAAAAUAAUCAAAGCACGUAUUAAAGAAAAAAAGAAAAAAAGAUUAAGUUCCUCUAGUUUAUCUUAGUUAAAUUUGCUACCUCAGAUUUCAUUGCUCCUUACUUUUUUCACCUGCGCAAGCAACCUGAAUGCUUUCACCAUGUACAUAUGACUUUGUCACGUAUUGUGAAAAUAUACAAGUUUGCCAGUUUACAACGACCAGCCGAAUGCACCAUUAUUCUAUCCACAGUACAAUAUGCAAACACUGGCAAGAAGAAGUGAGUGUGCUUAGAUCUUUAUUAUUAAUUCUGUGUGUGAUAGGUUCAGGUCCAAAGUUUUUCUCUGUGUGUUUAUCCUCAUCUCUGUCUUUGAGUCUGCAGAACAUGUGUUGUAUGUUUGCUUCCACACAAUGUGGAGGGUCACUGGAUUCACACGGUCACCACUAAACUGAUCCAGAUGGCUCUAUAAGGAGGCAGGUGACAAAAGACACACACCCUUUAAAAUGUAGGAGCUAAAUGUUCCAGCUUUAAUGAGAAAGAAAGAUGUAGAAUCACCACAUUAGCUGAAACUGAAUCUGUUACCUCCUGUCCUAUGAACACAAUAAUAAUGAAGUGUAAAAUACUUGUCAAUGUUGACCCAAAGGAAAUCCUCAUUACUAUAUUAUAACUACAGAAAUACAUAAAGUAUCUUUAGAAAGUUUGAAGUUGUACCAAACAAUUAGUGUUCUGACUUUGCGGUUAUUUUUUUAGUAAUUGAAUUUAGUGUGAAUUUUUUUCUUCCUGGAAUGUUCAAGUUUUAUUCAGUUUGUCAAGUUCAUAAAAUAUGACAGAAACAGCCAUUAAAUCUGAAAGCAAACAUUCUGAGCAAACUGUUACCCAGACUUCAAGAAAGUAACAGAUCACAUGGUCAGUAAAUCCUCUCACUAAUGUGUAAUGGUGUAUUAGAACUGAAAAAAAAAAAAUAAAAAAAUAAUAAUAAUAAUAAGUCUAGACAGAUGGGUAAUAUUUGAAGGAAAACUCAGAAUUUACAAAUUUCACAUUGUGACUAUUCAGAUACAUGGAGGCAGUGUGGUUCAGUUUAGGAAAAGAUCACAGUUUAAGUUAAAACGGACCCUUGGGUCCAUCAGGUUUAUGACUUGCAUGAUUUGCAUUUGUGAAUUUUUUCUUGUAAAUGCACAUCUUUAACCUUCGGGAAUAUUCAUUUCAUUUCCGUAAAUAUAUGACUUAGUAAUCUCAGAAAAUAGUUGAGUUUCUCACUUGUAAAUUUGCUAUAUAAUCUCAAAUUAUAUUAGUUUUUGCUCAGAUUUACAGUUUUGACCUCAAAAAAUAUUCAAGUUUCACUCUUGUAAAUUUACAAUGGUAAUCUCAGAGUAUGUCUACAAUUUUUGUGUUAAAUGUGUGACUUUAUGAUCUCAGAUUCCAGUUUUUCUCUUGCAUAUUUCUUAAUCUAAUCUCUGAGAAUAUUUAAAUCAUUCUCCCAGAAGUUUACAAUUUAAAUCUCAGAGAAUUUCUAAAUAUGUGAUUGCAAAUAUAUGACUUUUUAGGCCCAGAAAACAUACAAGGUUUUCUCUUGUAAAGUUACAACUUUAAUCUCACACUAUAUUUAUGUUAUUGUCUCAUAAUUGUAUAACUUAAUCCUCAGAGAUUACUUAAAUUUUCUGUCAUUAAUUUACUACGUUAAUCUCAGAAAUUAUGUCUUUUUCAAUUAAGUACACUGUAGUGUUUUUGUCUUUGAAAUUUAUGAUUAUAUAUUGUAAAUUCUUUUUUUCUCAAAAUAUUACCCAUAUUACCCACUGUUGUAUUUUUCCUGAACCUUACCUGGCCCUAAUACACCGUCACACCAUCAUAAACUGUAGGAAAAGGAAAAUGAAUAAUGUUACUUGAGCUUUUCCCAAGGAUCGGUGAAAAGACACUGCUGCAGGUGAACAUGAACACGAAAUGGUUAUGCUCAGACAGUCUGCAAUUCCUUUGGACAGGUGAAGCUUUAAGACAAUAAUUCCCUGAGCUGGUGCAGUGAUUCCUUUAUUGAAUGGUUAAAACAUGGACCAUUUCACCCAAACCAAUUUUUUUAGAUUUUGAGUUGUCAAGAUGAAGGACAAUUGAACCUAUGACAUCUUCAAAUUGUCUUCCCUCAUCCAUAAUUCUUGGUGUCUGUGAAAACAGACCGUUUCCUGCCACAGAGUGACGGAGUCGAAGCAAAUGAAGGAGAGUCCAAAUCCAAGUGCAAUAGUCCUUCAAAGACUUGUAGCAGCUUAACCACAUCUGUUCAUUCUCAGCACUUUAUUCUCUAAUAGUCUCUAAUAGUUUGAUACGACUCAGGAAUGUGUCACUGAUGUCAUAGAGUUCAUUUUUCCCCGUCUCAUAACUCAAAAACAACUACAGUAAAAUAAAACCAGAAAGCUGACAAUAUUUGUAGAGUGAACCUUACUUUUGGUGAAAUUCCCCUUUAAUGCAGACUUGUGAAGAUUGUAUUUUGCUGCUUGCUGGUCUAAGCUAUUUAAUUUAUUUAUUUGGUUUGUAGCAAUAUAAUAUUUUUGUCUGUGAAUAUGAUUUUUCUCUUUGUCUUGUGUUUUUGAACACUGAAUGAUUUGUUUCCCUCAUGUUCUAUAUUUUUUAUUUAUGCUGAUGCAUUGAUACACACUAUGUAUAGGUUUAUUUUGAUGAAUAAUAGACAGAAAUCGGUCAGUUCCCAGAUCCAUGAAUAGAGCACACACUGGUCUAUUGUGGUCAGUUUUGGGGGUUGUGUCGCUGUGUGUCCCUAUUCAGCUUUUGCACUUUAGUAUCAAACCAAAGCAAUGACCACUGUAACAAAUAUCACUGGUGACAUUAGAAGCUCACACCUAAUUCAACUCAAUUAAUACGUUGAGAAAGGAAUGUUUAGUGUGACUUAAUGAGAAGUUCAGCUGGAGUAUCUGUGAUUUUAGAGUUUAACCAGGGAUAUUUUUACAGCAACAUGGAAAAAAGUGGUUUUUAAACCUGCAGGGUUUUUGCAAAAGUGGAGAUGGUGUGCACACUGAAAAAAAGAAUUCUAGCUACUUUCAGCUGAGUGGCAUGACAUAUCUAAUACCUAACAAAAACCUGAACCUGAUUUCAGCUUUUGACCCCAAACUGAACCACUGAUCUACAUUAGAAAACCUUAUUUCAUAAAGCCUUUGCCUGACAUUUGUAUCUGCAGCUCUAAAUAUCAGGUGGUUGGUCUUUAAUUACUGUUUUCACCUAAUGUUUCAUUUAUUUAAUGAUUCUGUUGCUAUUGUAAUGAUUUACAAUUACUUUUAGUUAGAGAAUUUUAGAGAAUUUUUUACUUUUAUUUAGAGAAUUUAUGUAUUUUGCAAUUUUCUGUUUUCAGCGUUUCCACUCAGGGGUUUUUAUAAACAAAUUAAUAAUGCAACUAAAACCAGGUGGAUGGAAGCACACUUAUUAUGUCCAAUUACAGAUAGUGCCACAGCUGUUUCUGUUCUGUAGCUGGAAUCCCUUUUUCAGUGUUGCAUUAAGUGGUAAAUGAGUGCAUCGUGGAUGUCCACAGCUGACCAAAUCUACUGAGUCCUUCUUACUAUUGAUCCCUCCUGCUUAACCUUUUGUUUGGUUCAUUUUGUGAUCACAUUCUUCGCUAUCAUCAGUUACCUUUUUCCUGAGCACCUGCAACUCCUCAAAGCAAGGAGUUUUCCAUAACAGCUUACUGCUUGACAACAAGUGACUCCAAACAUUCAACUAUCCAGUGAACACAAAGUGAGUGUUGGCGGUGCAGUGCUGUCUGAAAUGGUGACCUCUGGAUUGGUGAAUAUCAGAUGUGGGCUCUCGGCGCUGUCUUGUGUACUUGUAGCGAGUGUUUUGUUAGUGUCCAACAAGUCACCUAGUGGCCUGAACUGUAUAGUUAUAUUCAGAACUAUGACCUCAAAUCUAGAAUGUGGUUACUGUUGACUCUGAUUUGACCAUGUAUGUGUCGGUAGACCUUAGUGGAAUAUUCACUGCUAGAGUACAUUUAUGUAAUGCAUACUGCAUAUUAUACCAGUAAAGGGUACACUUUGACUAUAAAAAACAAGUGGAUUUGCAUCCAUGGGGGGUUCUGGGUAAGGAGUGGGUGUGUUUGUGGGCACAGGGGUUUGAGUGUUUUACCCCCUUUGCAUUUGAACACACACAACGAUAAACUCAGCUGCACGCUUACAGUCUCACACACACACAGACACACAGCUCCCAUAAUGGCUCUUCCAUACUGCUGAGCUUUUUUCAGCUCUGUACAAGUUUCUAUGAGUUCUGACAGACUCGGGUCCUGUAUUUGUAGAUAUUUUGAGCACUUGGGGAGGGGGGGUUUGGUACCGUUUACACAACACUGGAACUGCUCUGUCACUCCUUGCCUGUACAUACCAACUUCUACAACUUGUAAAGGAAUCAAACUCUUUGGCACUCGUAUAGCCAGCACUAUGCAGAAACUGAAAAUUUUCUUUCGCAUGCUUUGAAAUGCAGAAUACUAUAGAGGAAAAUAUACUAAAUAAAUAAAGUCUGCUCUAAUUUCUUAUGAAAAUAAUCACCUUAUUGAAAAAAAAGUUGAUGAAGCUGUCCAUGGUGAAAAUGGAUAUGCGGAGGUGGAUGAUUACAAUGAGGAUGAUGAAACUAAAGACUUUUAAAAUUGUGCACAUUUUUACUUGCAUGCUGCACCGAAAAUCAUCCAGCAAUGAGACGGUUUCACGUGCAAAGCAGCUGAUUUUUGCUGUAUGCUUGCAAACUGUGUGUAGAGUGAAACACUGAAUUCUUCCAGGUUAUGGGAGAGUCCUAUUUAUAUAUACAUUAUAUAUAUAUAUAAUAUAUACAUACUACUUCCAGCUCAUGGAAGAGAGGGAUACUGAAUAGCUGCAAAUAUAGUGAUUCUAGAUGAUACAAUAUUCUAUUGUAUAUUUGUAUCUUUGGUUGCUGUAACAACAGCUGUAACGAAAUGGUGCAUGUGUGGCAGUCCUUGGCAAAACUGUUAACUGUUUCCCAAAGGAAGUGUUUGAUUUAUUUCUCUGAGCUUUGGCAUGGGAAGUUAAAUCAAGUGCAUCAGAAAUGUUACAAAUUCUGUGUCUCCCAGCUUGGACAAGCUACACUGAUCAUUACUGUUAUCAACAACACAUCUGAGUGUAGUUUUAGUUUUAGACCACAUCUUACUUCUUUUUCAGGGUGAGCUGUUAAUGUCUGCUGAUAAGAGCAUAUAUUUGAUCAAUUUUGUUGAAAAUUGCUAAGUUGUGUAGAAAAAAAACUCAACAAAACUUUUGAAAAUGGUUAAUGAUGUUUAUUCUGUGGCCAUCCCAACAUGGAGGAACAUCAGAAUUUGUAAUAUUUACUCAGAAUACUGGGCUUGCCAGUGGAGUGCUUCUGGAGACUCAUUAUACUAUAUUCAUAUCAGACACUGAGGACGGUCGUAGGAGGAAAAGGGGAAGUUCCUGGUUCUGAUUGUGUGAUAGCAUUAUCAAUGGUUGGACUUUAUAAAAUUUCAAAAUACUUCUUUCAAUAAACCUCUUUGAAAGUAAAA